AGGAGCGUCAUAAAGACCCACAGCUCUGGUACCAGGCUACCGUGGAAGCCCUUCGGAUUAACUUUUCACUUGACUUGACUUCACUUCUCUUUAGCGCGACAGCUUUCUUCCUCUCGUGCGUCUCUCUACGGUCAGUCGGUGGAAUGGCAGAGAAGCGACGCUCUUCGUGCAAUCUGAGCGUCAAGGCGCACGCGUUCUCGGUGGAAGCUCUCAUCGGGGCAGAGAAGACACGGAAGCUCGGGGGGGACGACACCGGAGUGUGCUGUCUUGAUGAGUGGACCGAGGUGUUGGAACUUCCCGCUAACGGAGGGGAGAGAGAGAAGAAGGUGUACGACCGCGCCAUCGACCGGGGCAGCGGAAUAGAGUGUGCUAGUGACGUCUCGCCGGAGAGUUGUGACGUGGUGUUGGAGGCCCAGGCCCAGCGCACGCCGCCGGUAACAGUAACGGUUCCCGGAGAGGAGAUGAGCGUGGACUUGCAGGGCUCCGACCUGUGGAAACGGUUUCACGAGAUUGGCACGGAGAUGAUCAUCACGAAGGCCGGCAGGCGGAUGUUCCCCGCUAUGCGCGUGAAGAUCUCGGGUCUGGACCCGCACCAGCAGUAUUACAUCGCCAUGGACAUUAUCCCCAUGGACAACAAAAGAUACAGGUACGUGUACCACAGCUCCAAGUGGAUGGCUGCGGGAAACGCAGAUUCCCCGGUUCCACCACGUGUGUAUGUCCACCCGGACUCGCUGGCUUCUGGUGAGACUUGGAUGCGUCAGGUGAUCAGCUUCGACAAACUCAAACUGACCAAUAAUGAGCUGGAUGACCAGGGGCAUAUCAUUCUCCACUCCAUGCAUAAGUACCAGCCACGUGUGCAUGUGAUUCAGAAGGAACGUGGCGAGGAGCUGUCUCAUGUUAGAGCCGUUCCCCAGGGAGACGGAACCAGAACACUCAGCUUCCCAGAGACUGUCUUCACCACUGUCACCGCAUACCAGAACCAACAG